AUUCCACCAUCUAUAAUGGCCUCCAACUCUACUUCGCUUCCAUCUGCCCCGCGCGUCAACCUGGGCGACAACAUCAUCCUUCAACCCCCUCUUUCACGAUGCGGACAGGGUCCAGGCCUGAUUCUGAUAAGAUCAGCCAAUGUUGCAGAAUGCCAAAGCAAAAACACCAGUCUAGACCCAGAGCCGCUGCAGAAGUGGGCCGAGGAAAGCUAUGCAGUCGCGCAGAUCACUUUCGACUUGGACUCCGGCGCAAACGCUUCUCUACUGUCGGUCAUAAUUGACAGCGCAAUUGCCGGCUUAAUCGCCCUUCCUGAAUGCAAUAACAAGGAGAAAUUUGGCAUAUUAGUCUACGGCUCCCAAUCUGAUUACGCCCCAACAUUCAUCCACUCACUGCUGGCCCACAUCAGUGACACAAAUAAGUUUGCAGCAAUAGUAUACCACAGCAUUUGGGACGCUUCAUCCAACACUCCAACACUCACGCACAUCCCGGGUUCCCAGGCAUCCACUACCAAUGGUACCAACUACGUCUACCCCGACGUAGUCUCCCCAGGCUUCAUCAUCCCCGGUCACCCCGACUUCAAAUACUCCACUGCCAGUGUAGCGCAUACCCGUUCCCUCACCUUCCUCAAGAGUCACCUGAACGGGCCAUACUUCGACCUGGAGAAAAUCUGGGCCGAACACACAUACUACGAAUUCGAUGUUCGAUCUGUCGAAAAGACCAUGGCCACAAUGGUUCAAGAACCAUAUGUGAACCAUAUCCCGACCAUGACCGGCGGCAUUGGCCGCACCAAACUAAGCAACUUUUACCUCCACCACUUCAUCUUCAACAACCCCGACGACACCGCUCUAGAGCUGAUAAGUCGGACUGUGGGUAUUGAUCGCGUUGUGGAUGAAUUUAUUUUCUCCUUUACGCAUGAUAAGGAGGUAGAUUGGUUGAUCCCUGGCAUUCCCCCAACCCACAAACCGCUUCGCAUCCCCUUCACAUCGGUCGUCAACAUCCGCGGCGACCGACUCUACCACGAGCACAUCGCAUGGGAUCAAGCGACCGUUCUCGUUCAAUUGGGUCUCCUGCCACAGUGGUUGCCUUUUCCGUACCAACUACCGGACGGGAGGACACCCGCGCCAGGGAAGAAAUUUGAAUACAAGGUGCCUGCUGGAGGCGUAGAGACCGCGGAGAAAUUGAAGGACGAGAGUGCGGUGGAGUCGAAUGGGAUGUUGUUUGGGGUGGGGAUUAGGGAGGUGGAUGAUUCGUGAACUGGGUUGGAAUCGAAGUGUGAUUGGAAUAUGUGAGCAUAGUAGUAUGGUAGUAUAGUAGUAUUGAAAGGAAUUGCUAAUCUUGAUAGAUUAUCAUUUUUUGUGGCGUGGCUGGCGGAUUUAAUAUGCGGAAGGAACCUACUACUCGGUCGGUGUGUCACAUUCCGGAUUCGGAAGGUUGGUUGGUUGCAUAUUUUGCAUGGAGUGGCUGAAAACAUCUACUACCAUGAAAUCUUUCCUGCGCUUCAAAUCUGGAUCUACAAAUAAUUUGAUACUUGGCUGAUCCGGGAGAGGAACGUUACAACAGUUCUCGGGACGCAAGUGAUCAUUGUCACCUUUAUUGAGUUGCGAUGAUGCGACGUCGGCAUAAACUAUUGAACUAUAACUACACCGUCUCGAUUAUCUUCCGAUUAAUACUCUUUUGAGAGUUGGCCAGCACACACUUCCAAUGACUCCCCCGUCGGUCCGUUCUAAAUAUAAGCAGAUUACUAUCACA